GUAGACAUUUUAACGUUGACGAGUUAACGGGGCACAAUUAAAGUGUUUUUUAGAUUUUUUAUUUUUCUGUUGUUAUUAUUGUAGUUCCUUCUAUUCGUUUAUAGUGCCGCUAAGUUAUUGUUGUUGUAUUUACUUUUCACACGACUUUAGAUUUAUUUCCGAUUUGAUUUAAUGUGAUUUCUUUUAUUUACUCUGCUGGGAAUACAUAUGUUUGUAUGUCUAACGAGUAACGUUUUUACAAUACAAAUACUUUGAAAUUCUAACUUACUAACUAAUGCAACUGAAAAUCCGUUAAUAAAUAAAACUCUUUUAAUUACUUUGAAGGCAAGCAAUAGUGAUUUAUUACACACGAAUUUCGUCAUCUUCUAGUAAAUAAAUUAAAAAAAUAAAAUAAAAAAAAAUUGUAAUUGCAAAAAACAAAAAUUAUAAUAAUAAAACAAACAAAACGUAGAAUCAACUGAAAAUGAUUCACUAUUAAAUAAAUGACUUCAUUUGUAAGAAAAAAUUUAAGUGCACAUUUUGUUGUUGCUGCUGCAGUUUCUGUUUGAAUUCGGAGCCAAUUCAUUAGUUUUAUAUUUAUUUUUUUGUUUAAAACACUUAAACAAACCGCAUAUUUAUUUAUAAUAGAAAAAACCAUUCACCAUGAUGUUUGUGUUUGAAUUGCUGAAACCACUGCUGGUAUACGGUUUUGUUAUAAUUUUCACAAUAUUGACUAAAAUAUUUAAAACAAUUGUUUAUCAAGUGCAUUCUAUAGAUAUUUAAACAAAAAAAAUUGUGGAAUAAAUACAAAAAAAUUAAAUUAAAUAAAACGUAAACAAUCAUCAUGUUUUCAAAAAGUAUUAAGCGAAUGAAAUGGCAGGUACGAAUGUUGGAAAAUGCAGCACCACAAACACUCAGCAGAUACUCGCCACCAUAGAGCACAACAACUCAACAUAGAAAAGCAAUAAAAGAACUAAACGGAACUGAAGUGAAGUGAAGUGACGAAACAUGUGAGCUGAAGGAGACAACAACAACAAAAAAAAAACAAUUUCUAUUCCACCAACAACUCAUUAACAAACUAAAAACGAUAAGAAAAUAACAACAGCCAUCAACCAAAUCACCAGUCAGACGGUCAAUUGCUUAAAUUACUAUCGAAUUACGACGCAAGUGAAAGAGAUAAAAAAGGCGAUAUUGGAAAGGUAGUGGUGGUAAGGUGAUUAACUAAUGAGGUCUUAAAAUAAAAUAAAAUAAAAGAACAAAAUUAAACCAAACACAAGCAUACUCACUCACACCGAGGGUCUCUUUCUAACUAAUCAAAGUUCCAUAAAAGUGUUGAUAGUUUCGAUAACAAUUUAAGUGAAAUAGUACGUAAUCUGCAGUGUUGACGAAGGAAUCAGCAUUUUUGCUGACUAACAAUUCGACGACUGGAAGUUAGUAAAGAGAAAAUAUUAACAGAACAAUUUAACACACCUCAGUCGGUGACAAUCUGCGGUAAUGGUAGGAACUCAGCAAGAACCAUUAGUACGACCAAAUAGCAACGCUCAUGUAGUGGAUACCAGUUUACAACCAGAAAGACAAAUUUAUACAAAAAAUAGCCUCAUGAAUCUGAAGCAAUGCAAAACCAAAAGACUCUUAAUUAUUCUCAGUGUAAUAUGUGCCAUUAGCAUUGUGGCCUGGCUGUAUGUCGACCAUACGGUACCGGAAUUUAAUCAAUAUCGUUUAGUGAAAAGUUAUGAUCAAACGCCUACCGAAAAUGACACUAAUAAAAUACGUUUUAUUUUACUGUGGAAUAAAUUUUUUGGUGAUAAACGUUGGUCGCUACCGGAUGACAUAAACGAUCCCUCCUAUUUUCGCAAAGGCAUCAAAUGUCCUGUCUCUAAUUGUGUGAUUACCAAUCAGAGAGAUAUUUUGCCUCAAAUAGACAUGUAUGAUGCCAUACUCUUUCAUACUGCUCAGCCGUUUCCGCUUAUCAAUUCCAUACCCAAACUCAGGUCAUGGAAACAAUUGUAUGUUUUUUCUCUGAUGGAACCGCCCGGUGAAACUAAACAUAUUCUAAGUGAUGAAAGUAAUUUUUACAAUUUAACCAUGACCUAUCGCAUGGAUUCGGAUAUAUUGUGGACAUACAAUUGGUUUGUCGACAAGGAGACUGGAGUGCGUAUGAUACCAACUGAAUAUCCGCAAUGGCGCUCAGUUCCCGAUAGAUAUAAUGAUACCGACACAUGGGAGCUGUGGCCGAAUAAGACGAAAAUGGCUGCAUGGUUUGUGUCUCACUGUGAAACGUUGUCGCGCAGAGAAAAACUUACGGAAGUAUUGCAGAAAUAUAUGGAAGUUGAUGUGUUUGGAAAAUGUGGACCAAAGAGGUGCCAAAAAGGCUCCACCGAAUGUGAUCAAAUCUUGGAUGAGGACUAUAAAUUCUAUUUCUCCUUCGAGAACUCCCUUUGUACCGACUAUAUAACCGAAAAACUAUACAAUAUCCUGCGCCGUAAUAUCAUACCCGUGGUUUAUGGUGGAGCUAAUUAUGAACGCUUUCUACCACCACACUCCUACAUCAAUGUCGAGGACUAUCGAACGCCUCAAGAUUUAGUCAAUUAUCUGAAGUACCUUGCGGAGAGUCCCGAAGAAUAUAUGCGUUAUUUUUGGUGGCGUCAAUAUUACGAUUUGAGAUUCUAUUCACCCUUCUGUGAUUUAUGCAAACGAUUGCAUCAACCGCAUUAUUUUCAAAAGACACAAACUUAUCGAAACAUUGAGAAAUGGUGGUUGGAUGGAAGUUGUCGUUUUCAGUCAAGUAUUAAGUUUUGAAAGUAACUAAGAGAUAGAAAAGAUAUAGUUGUGAGUUUGUUUAGUAUUAGUAGUAAAAUUAUAGUAUAUUUUUUGUAUGAAAAUUUAUAAGAUUUGUAUUGUCCAAUGUUCUCAUUAUUAUAUACAUAAAUAUUACACUUAUAAUAAAAAUAUAAAAUAUUUAAUAAAAAAAAAUUAAUAUUUGUUAUGAAACAAAAUAAACAAUAUUAAUUAAAAAUUCAAAUGAAAUUAAA